CAUUUUAUUACAAGAAAGAACGCAGUGUCCUUACUGCUGAACUCCAAAAUGAAAUCCUACCUAGUGGUCUGUUGGUUGUAUAUGAUGCUCCUUGAGAUCUUUCCAGUCACUUCUCAAGUGGCCAGUGUUCUGGUUGAUCCAAUACCAACUCUUUCACAAGAUGUGGUCGUACCGGUCACUACCAACACCGUGUACCUUCAGAAGCCAUUUUGUUACUUUCAAACAGUCAGUGAUCCAAUCUGUCUUUCCCCAAACACAUGUAGUGUAUGGCUGGUGUCUGCACUGAGCACAGCAAAAGACACAUUUGACAGCGACAAAACCGUUCCAGAUUUCGUUAACGCCUCUCCAUACCCAACUGCGUUCAAUCCUGGCGCGAAGAAUUACUUUAUGACCCAACUUAAUCCACAGACUGAUUACCCCUGCCCACCCUUUAGUACUCCUACCACUUUCCUAGUUGGAGCACAGGGUGCUUGCAGUAGCGCUAACUGCAAUGGUGUGUUGCCUAAUGGCUCGACUAUGAGCUUUAAGUAUGUACUUGUCAGUGCAAGCAAUGAACUUGUUGCAGAGACAAAUUGGUCUGACAACAUUACCCUCAACACCGUAAAAGAUCCAAACAGUCUUGGUAGCGGUUACGCUGGAAGGUCUGCCGCAAUGGUGGUGAUCACGGCAAUUCUUGCCACUGCUGCGGCUCUGCUUUUGCUGUUGCUGCUGAUUGCCUUGAUCCUGGCCUGCUGCUACAGCAGAGGGAAAACACAGUCAAGCGGGGCGAGACGUCAGACUUCAUUGAUAGGGUCCCUCCGUAUCCCCAGCUAUGACUUGCACCACCUGAAAAAGCCUUCCCCCUACGACAACCCUGUAUACGAGCAAGACCUCAGGAGGAAGUACACCACGAAUCCCACCCUGCCCCAGAAAACCACCACGAUCAUCACCACGGUCAACUCUGACUCUCCGGACACCAUCACCCUGCAGAAAAUGUAAAAGAAACUGGAGAAACUCUACGAAUUUCACGGCAUGCAGGAUAUCUGACACUUUAGGAAACAAUUUGAUUAAAUGCAAAUGUGGCUAAAAUCAUUGGAGGCAAAGCACAACAUGAAAGACUA